AUGCCAGAGGUCUGCCUCUCUCUUAAAGAUAAUCUAACAGAACUUCAAGAAAUCGUUGAAGUAAUCAAUAAUUUGACAGCGGUUAACGCCCACCUGAAGGAUUGGCUUACUUCUCUCUUUAGAAGACUCUUUUCCAUAGCUGAAAACGUUCCAUCAGUUUUCACCCUCGAUGUUGAGGAGAAGAUAAUAUACGAUCACUUAAAAAAGGUUCAAGGUAAUAUCGAUACUUAUUACACGCUGAACAAGACAAUAGAUGACAUCGAAAUUGCUUUAUCGCGCCUUCUGGAUUUGUUAGAUACAAGCAGUGGCAUAACUGGCCACGAUUGGACAUUAGAAAGCUUGGUUGAUUUAAUUGAGGAUUGUUCAAAUGCGGCCAUAGAACUAAGGGUGGGACUAGAAUCUCGAAAGAGCGUUGUAGACGCUGUGCUAGAAUACGACGAAAUCUCCGUAGAUCAGAUAGAGACUUUGGAAAGUCUUAUAGGAAAGAACAUUCAAACGUGUUUUGAACUACAGGAAGUCAGAUUUUCCUCUCCAGUACGACACACGCCAUCGUUUACUUUAAAAGAACUAAUAAGAGUGCUCUCGUCCUACAACGAAUCAUCUGACCUAAAAAUACCCACAUUUUCAAGUUUAGAAAAUUCUUUGUGUCGUAGAUUUUUAAAGCUUAAGGAUAGUAUACUGCCAAUUGAGAAAAGCCUGAUGGAAAUUUUGCCCCUGCGAAUUGAUCAUUUCAGUAGCCGUACAGUGACAAACAUAGACAAAAUAUGCACAUUGAUGACCGCGAGACGUGUCAAGCUUCUACCGCAGUUCCAACUUAUGGUUGCGGAAGUGGAUCAACUGAAGGUUGAACUUAUCGAUAAAAAAUGGAGGAUUGUAUUUCAAAAUUUGAUUCACGAACUGACUUUUAUCUUUGAAGAACUAGAGUCAUUACAGAAGAAAAUGACCGAAAAGAAACACGAACAAGACAUACAGGAGAAAUUUAGAUAUCAACUGAAGAAAAAAGUGCGGACCAUUACGAAAACUUUUUCUGCUAUUGAAAAGGCAGUCAAACUAUCCUUACUGGAUCCGGAUACUAUGUCUAAAACUGAGGAACUAUCACAAAAAUGGAAUGAAAUGAGACCUACGAGCGAACAAAUACUAGCCGGCGUGGAUCACGAAAAUAAGGAGUACAGUGAAAGCGUUGUUACGAAGCUCAAAUCUCUCAAUGUUAGUAGUGCCAUUCAGCCAACUGAGAUUCCAAGAAAUAAGUUCGGAUCAAUGUUAAUGAAAAAAAUGAACAUAAAACCUAUAAUGAUAGCCGGAUCGCCAGCAUCUGCUGAAAAAGUCAAUCCUUUUUAUCAGACAUAUAGGGACUCAGAAAAAGAGGGUGCCUCUGAACACUUAAUUAUGCAAUCUGUGCCUUCACUGCCAUACAGAAGCGCCGGUGAUAGCUUCAUGAAUGACAAUAAUUCGAAUAAACAGAACUAUAAUUCACUGAAAACACUGGAGGCUGAAAAAUUGACAUUCUAUUCACAAAAACGGAGCAAAAUACCAACAUUCAAAGUUACAACCGUACUGCCUGCAACUUUUCUAUUGACACCGCCUUCAAAGCUGAGCCAGAAGUGGGAUUCAUAUCAGGGCCAAGGCCGCUCGCUACGACCUCCGACUCCUGUUUCGGCACUUCUUACGUCAAGUGUAGUUUAA